AUAACGACAAGAUCUAACAUCAACAAACUUUUCCACCAACGUGCUUCUGUAUUGUUACAGAAUCAAGAAGAACGCUUCAAAAUGCCUGAUUUGGGUUCAACUACUUUAGAAAGUAUGGAUGAUGCAACGGGUGCUCCAAAAAGUGCCGCACAACUAAAAAAAGAAGCUAAGAAAAAGGAAAAACUUGAAAAGUUUAAACAAAAGCAAGAAAAAAUACAAGCCAAAAAUGUUGACAAACCAGCAAAGAAGAUAAAGGAGAAAAAAGAGAAAGAAGUUUUGAUUUAUGAUAAAGAAGUAGCUCCUGGUGAUAAAAAAGACAUAUCUGGUCCCAUGCCAGAUGCUUACAGUCCAAAAUAUGUUGAAGCAGCUUGGUAUGCCUGGUGGGAAAAAUCAGGUUUCUUCAAACCAGAAUAUGGUGGUAAAGAUUUGACUCAAGUCAAGGAAGAUGAGAAGUUUGUUAUUGUUAUUCCUCCCCCAAAUGUAACAGGCAGUUUACAUGUUGGUCAUGCUUUGACCAGUGCCAUUGAGGAUUGCAUAACAAGAUGGCACAGAAUGAAAGGUAAAACAACUCUUUGGAAUCCUGGUUGUGAUCAUGCAGGUAUUGCCACUCAGGUAGUUGUAGAAAAGAAACUCUGGAAGGAGCAGCAGAAACGAAGGCAUGAUCUUGGGCGGGAAAAGUUCAUUCAAGAAGUCUGGAAAUGGAAAGAAGAAAAAGGUGACAGGAUAUAUGAACAAUUGAGGCUGAUGGGAUGCUCUGUUGACUGGGAUCGUGCAACCUUUACAAUGGACCCAAAAAUGUGCCGAGCAGUGACUGAAGCAUUUGUGAGGCUUCAUGAGCAAGGUCUGAUUUAUCGAGCGAAUCGUUUGGUCAAUUGGUCUUGCACAUUGAAGUCAGCUAUAUCAGAUAUAGAGGUAGAUAAAUUGGAAUUAACAGGAAGGACAAUGCUUUCUGUGCCUGGUCAUGUUGAGAAAGUUGAAUUUGGAGUUCUUAUUUCUUUUGCGUAUCCUGUUGAAGAUUCUGAUGAGGAAAUUGUGGUUGCAACCACAAGAAUAGAGACUAUGUUAGGAGAUUCAGCAGUUGCAGUUCAUCCCAACGAUUCACGUUACACUCACCUUCAUGGAAAGUACGUUACUCAUCCCUUCUGCUCCAGACGAAUGCCAAUUGUUUGUGAUGAUUUUGUUGAUAUGGAGUUUGGAACAGGUGCUGUAAAGAUUACUCCCGCUCAUGAUCCUGCUGAUUACGAAGUUGGACUUCGCCAUAAUCUUCCAUUCAUAAAUAUUCUUCAUGAUGAUGGAAUAAUGAACAGCAAUUGUGCUGAAUUUGCAGGAAUGAAACGAUUUGAAGCUCGAAGAAAAGUUCUUGCAGCAUUGAAGAGCAAAGGUCUUUAUAGAGAGACAAAAGACAAUCCAAUGGCUGUCCCUAUUUGUAGUCGAUCCAAAGAUAUUGUGGAACCUCUCUUGAAAAUUCAAUGGUAUGUGAAAUGUGAUGGAAUGGCCCAGAAAGCAUUGGAGGCUGUGAAAGAUGGAAGCUUAAAAAUAUAUCCUGAAGUACACAUAAAAACUUGGAAUCAUUGGUUAGAAAAAAUUAGAGACUGGUGUGUUUCCAGGCAGUUGUGGUGGGGACAUCGAAUUCCUGCAUAUUAUGUAACAAUAAAAGGUAGAGAAGAAAGUUGUGAUGCAAAUGAUAAUGAGAAGUGGAUUAGUGCAAGAAGUGAAGAAGAAGCACGUGAGAAAGCAGCUAAGAAGUUUAAUGUAUCCUCUUCAAACAUUGAGUUAAAGCAAGAUGACGAUGUUUUGGAUACUUGGUUUUCAUCUGGACUUUUCCCAUUUUCUAUAUUUGGUUGGCCAGAUAAUACAACAGAUCUGAAGGCAUUUUAUCCUGGAACAUUGCUUGAAACAGGACAUGACAUUAUAUUCUUCUGGGUUGCCAGAAUGGUGAUGCUAGGUAUUCAAUUGAUGGGACAACCACCUUUCAAAGAGGUGUUUCUUCAUUCUAUUGUAAGAGAUGCCCAUGGCAGAAAAAUGAGCAAAUCUUUAGGAAAUGUUAUUGACCCUAUUGAUAUGAUAAAUGGAAUUUCUUUAGAGGCCUUGCAUGCAACAUUGAAAGACUCCAAUCUGGAUCCCAAAGAAAUUGAAAAAGCCACCCAAGGGCAGAAAUCUGACUUUCCUAGUGGAAUACCAGAGUGUGGAACUGACGCUUUACGCUUUGCUCUUUGUGCAUAUACAGCUCAAGGUCGUGACAUAAAUUUAGACAUAAAUCGUGUCGAAGGCUAUCGACACUUUUGCAAUAAACUUUGGAAUGCCACAAAAUUUGCUUUGAUGUCUUUGAGUCCUGAUUUUGUUCCAAAGGAGAAAUUUUCGUUAACUGGGAAAGAAAGUAGCAUGGAUUUGUGGAUCCUGAGCCGAUUGUCAACUGCUGUGGAGGCCUGCAACAAUGGCUUUGAAACCUAUGAUUUCCCUGCUGCUACUACUGCUUGCUACUCGUUUUGGCUCUAUGAUCUUUGUGAUGUGUAUUUGGAAUCUCUGAAGCCUAUUUUCCAAGGUAAUGAUGCUGAUGCCAUAGAAACUUCAAAAGAGAUGCUCUACUCUUGCUUGGAUACUGGUUUGAGAUUGUUAAGCCCCUUUAUGCCAUUUGUGACGGAAGAAUUGUUCCAGAGGCUACCAAGGCGCAAAGGUGAUACCAUACCCAGUAUUGUUGUAUCAAAAUAUCCUUUGCCAAGUGAGUAUUCGUGGAAGAAUUUUGAACUGGAAAAAGCAGUCACGUUUGCUUUGGAUAUAGUUCAUAAAGUUCGCUCCAUGAGAGCGGACUACAACCUUCCGAAGAACGAAAAACUCGAUUUAUUUUUGAAGUGUGAUGAUGAAGACACAAAAGUUAUGUUGAAUGGUCUAUGUGACAUAAUCUUAACCCUAACUUCUUCAGCUACUGUGAAAAUAACUGUGGAGAUACCUAAGGGUUGUGCAAUAACAACUGUAUCAGAAAAUUGUGAAGCCCAUUUGUUAUUGAAGGGUCAUAUCGACAUAAGUAAAGAAAUAUCUCGGCUGGAACAGAAAAAGGAGAAGUUGGACUCUCAGGUUUCUAAAUUGAGGCAAGCAACUCAAGUCCCAGAUUAUGAAAGUAAAGUGCCUGCUGCAGUUAGAGAAUCUCAUUCUGAAAAAAUUUCUUUGACAGAAGGAGAGCUAAAUAAAGUCUUUCAAGCUAUAGAAACAUUAAAAAUAAUGGACUAAAUUAGAGAGUAAAAUUAUUUAAAUAUCAAAGUGCUGUAUUGUAAUAGCAUUCCCUAAUUUUUAAAUUACUGUACAUAACGUUCUACUGUAAUUUAUUUUUAAAUUAAACAUUUUGAAAAUUGAACUAUUGCUGUCUAAAAUUCUUUAAGAUACUUCCUGCAGAAUUUA